AUGGCGCAGAAGCCAGCAGAGGAAGAUGCCACCUCUACUGCUGCAGUUUGCACUGGAGAGAAUGAGGAAUGGCACAGAAGUCAGCAGAGGAAAGAUGUUACCUCCACUGCUGCAGUUUGCACUGGAGAGAAUGAGGAAUGGCGCAGAAGCCAGCAGAGGAAAGAUGUUACCUCCACUGCUGCAGUUUUCACUGGAGAGAAUGAGGAAUGGCGCAGAAGCCAGCAGAGGAAAGAUGCCAUCUCCACUGCUGCAGUUCGCACCGGAGAGAAUGAGGAAUGGCGCAGAAGCCAGCAGAGGAAAGAUGUUACCUCCACUGCUGCAGUUCGCACUGGAGAGAAUGAGGAAUGGCGCAGAUGCCAGCAGAGGAAAGAUGUUACCCCCACUGCUGCAGUUCGCACUGGAGAGAAUGAGGAAUGGCGCAGAAGCCAGCAGAGGAAAGAUGCCACCUCUACUGCUGCAGUUCGCACUGGAGAGAAUGAGGAAUGGCGCAGAAGCCAGCAGAGGAAAGAUGCCACCUCCACUGCAUAA